UCUUAGGGGUUUGAAGCUCACCUCAAGCUGAAGAGUGGGCACACUCCAAAGUUCCUCAAGCCAAGACCAGUGCCCCACGCCCUGAAGGCAGCUGUCUCUAAAGAACUGAUGGCACUGAAGGAGGCGGGGAUCCUGACCCCGGUGGACAGCAGCGAGUUUGCAUCUCCCAUCGUGCCGGUCGUCAAAAAGAAUGGAGACAUAAGAAUCUGUGGCGACUACAAGUCAACAAUCAACCCGUGCUUGGAGGUCGACAACUAUCCGCUCCCCAGGAUAGAAGAGAUGUUUGCAACGCUGGCAGGAGGGAAAUUUUUCUCAAAGCUGGACCUGUCAAAAGCCUACCUACAGCUGGAGAUGCAUCCUGCAGCACGGAAGUACCUCACCAUCAACACCCAGUUGGGGCUGUUCCAAGUGAACCGUCUUCCCUUCGGCAUAGCAUCUGCACCCUCCAUUUUUCAAAGAACUAUGGAUCAAGUGCUUCAAGGGCUGCCGCAGACCACCUGCUACCUGGACGACAUCCUGGUGACUGGCAGAACGAAGAAAAAUCCUAGGCCCAACGACCGGGAUCCCUACAAUGACAGCAGCGAGGCUCCAGAGGUGGGCCUGUCAGCUAGCUGCACACCGCUACACCAUCGUCCACCGGUCUUCCGAGGAAAAUGCCAAUGCAGACUGCUUGUCAAGACUCCCAAAAGCAACGGACAACCCCCACUCAGACGCCGUCGACGAAACGUUCGCCUUCUACUGAACACCCGGCACCCGACAACAAGAGAGUCUCCGGCCCAGUUGAUGCUACAGCGGCAUCUUCGCACCAGACUGGACCUCCUGAAACCAUCAGUUGCAGACUGUGUGGCCAGCGCACACUACCGCCAACAGCGGCAACACCCAGGACAAGAGCGGGCUUUCACUGCAGGAGACCAAGUCUAUGCCAGAGAUUAUCGAAGUGGUCACAAGUGGCAGCCAGGAACAGUCGCUGCCCAAACUGGUCCAGUGUCUUUCCAAGUGCAAGUCUCCCCGGGACGGGUAUGUCGAAGGCAUCAGGACCAGUUGCUCCGAGCACCGUUGCAAGACUCCGUACCUUCAGAGUCUCGUCCAGACGAAGCGGGAGGGGUGUCUGCCACGGCUUGGACAGACAGCACACCGGAAGACAGCGCAGGCGACAGAUGCCUUCCACAGGCCUCUUUGCCUGCACCAUCCGAAGUCCCGAGGCCAAGAAGCAACACCCAGGAUGCUGAGACGCUCAUGGAUGUAGAUAAUAGUGACGGAGAGCGACGGUAUCCCGUGCGAGAUCGGCGCAAGCCUCAAAGGCUAAUAGAAGAGGAAAAAAAAAAAAAAGGAAAGCGACGGACUUUUCUAAACUAUUUACUGUUAAUGGCAGGAUGUUACCAGCUGGGUAUGUUUGUUUAAAAAGGAGGGGAAAGAUGUGGUGUCCAGAGGGCACUACGAGUGCGGGGGCGGAAGCCGGGCAAAAGAAAACCCGGUGCGUAUGGGACUUCUGAGUUGUACUCGGCACGAGCGGUGCUGGAGGGUGUCAGUUGAAUAAAGGUCUUCAAAAACGCAACACAUACGGUUGGCAAUCAGGUCAGCUGAACACGGAAAAACAAGAUCACGAAGGACUGGACAAUCGCAUCGCUAACAACUGACUUUACAUUUUCCUCAUCCCAGCCUAGGCCCUUUCUUUUUCGUCCUUAGGCUCAUGAAGGCAGCGGUCCCACGGCCCCAACCAUAAACCGGUAGCAUCUGUGCUAAUGCUCCUGUUUGCGGUGCAAAUGUCGCGUCUGUGUGCGGGCCACAUAUUUAGUACUUUUUGCAAAUAAAUUUUCAAUUCAUCAUCACCCUUUUAGUGCAGAAUGUGAUAUGAAUUUGUCAAAACUUAACGUACAAGAAGAAAACAAAAUUUGCAAGUUUUGAUAUCUUCAAUGACAUACCUUUAUGCAUUCCAAGUUUACUAGACUUGUAAGGCAUCCAAGACACAUUCCUAUUUUUUUACUGAAUAGAAAAAUGACCCGCCUGGUUCCGUGAAUGCGUGUUUUUCCUAUUUAUCACACUGGCAUUUUUAAUAUUCAUUAAAAAAAAGCCUUUCUUAUGCUAUUUCGAAGUGUUGUAACUCAGUUUCACGUCAUAAGGCAGCAAUUACAUUUAAUAAUACAUUUAAUAAUGCUCCUGGUAAACAUAGAAACUCAGCAUGAAAAAUAUUAGAAGUGCAACUUCAGCAGUUCUGGCAUCUGAUCUAAUUUUUUUAUUGUAUGCUAGAGGAACUGGGCUGGUUCUCUGUAAGGCUGGUUGUGUUGUAUUUAUAUUCGGAUUUGUUCUAAAAAAAUUUAAAUCUGACUGUUUUCGAGCUUGACUUUGUACGCUAGAAACCGGUUUCAGAAAGGAGGACAGCUAUUUAAGCAAAGAUUCUUUAAUUAGAGCUUUUCUCUUUCUAAUUGAAAUCGCUUUCUAUGCUUGUAAUUUUUUAAAGCACACUAAUUGUCUUAAAUAUUAAAAUGGACUUAUAUGUUGUAGCAGACGGCACGCACUUCAGUCAUCUUUUGAAAGGUGGUUGAAAUUCGAGGUUGAGAAAUUCAGGAAAAGUGGCGCUGAUUCUGUACCAGACGCAGAGGAUUCUCGUCUCAAAUAUUUCCUCGCUCUUCCUUGUUCUUGCGGUGAAUCACAAUUAAUCUUGCAAGAAAAAACAAAACAAAAAACAAGCGCUUCACAAGAAUCACGAGCAUGCUGUCGAAGACACCUAGUGCCUAUAAAUAAGCUAUUCAAUGCUGCCCGCCAUGUUCCGACACCACAAAACGUGCAAAUAUUGAGCUACAUAUGAUAACGAUGAGGUAGGGGAAUUUCUUUUCCUUCAUUUCAAGAUAAACAAACAAACAUUUUUUAAAGGUUCCAGCUUUCACACCUUGCCGGUUCUGUUUUCUUCGCCAUCGUGCAGGGAUAUGAGAUUUUCGGUUUAAACGUUACUCUAUUCGUAGUCAACUUACGGAGAGCAUUGUGUCCAAACCGCAGUGACUGGGCCUCACGGUAAGGCAACAAACAGCCAGUCAUCCUGGCUCAAAUCUGAGGCUCAGAAAAAGGGUCUCAUAAACCCCUUUCCCAUGAAGUGCGCUAACAAAAGCGUUGCACAUGAGCAAAACCCUACCUAGGUUGUCAUUCUUUAGAUUACUAUUUCAUUUAUUGAAAUAACAAUGUCAGACGAUCAACUUUCAUGGUGUUGGUUUAAUAAUACUGCCGCACGCAAAGUAUGCAGC